AUUUUGUGACAGUGGAAAAUUUCUGGCUCUCGGUAAUUUAUUCUCACAGAAAUGAAACUUAAUAGCUAAUCUAAUUGAGAAGUAAUUGGUUUUGUUUCAGCGUUACGUCACAGUUGAUAUAUCUAAUUGGUUUAUUUAAACGAUAAGUUUCGUUUCAAGUGCAGUGUUUUAGUUUGAUUUAGUGCUUACAGUGUGUUCCAGGAUUGUGAUUCUAAAUUUUCUGAAAUGCAUUAUUCUUUAUUAACUAAAGAAGGAAGCGAAAAACCUGACCUCAGCUCAGAAAAUGAAAACUCUAGACUUUUAAAUGAAAAUAUUCUACACGAUACUUCAGACAUGUUGACUCUAGAAGGUCUUCGGAGGCAUUACAAUUCUUGUUCUAAUUGUGGAGUCAGUUGGUACGAUGAUCAUAUUAGUCUUGACUGCAGUGAAUGUGGUGGCUAUGCUAUGUGCAGACCAUGUGUUCAGUGCAAUGGACAGUGUGGUAGCAUGUGGAGGAGAGAUGUUAAAGCAUCUCAUCUAAGCAAACAGGCUGAGUGGCUUGGCUCAUGUUCUUUGAAUUACCAGUGGGACUCGAAAAAUCUCAUGGAAUCUAAUGAUCCAUCCGAAUCAGACAGUGUUAAUUUCGAAAAUUCCUACCACCACUGCAUUCAUUUAUCAUCAAAACCUAAAGCAAUUCUACAUGAUUCUCAUAUACUGUGAUUUG